AUGCCGCGCGCCACGUUAGCGUUACUGGUCGCAAGCGCGCACGCCUUCGUCCGCCCCACCUUGAACGCGUUGCCAAUGACGAAGCGGCCCGCGCUCUCGCCGGAGAUGGCCGGCGCGAUCGCGAAGGCAAAGGACGCGGCGGGCUACGAGGCCAUUGUCCAGGAGACCAUGGUCAAGGAGGAUUGUACGUAUGAAGAGGCCGUGGAACGGUACAACCAGUACCUCUUCGACCCGGACGGGUACUCGAUCAUAAAAAUGAACGAACAAAUUAGGGACGCGGGCUUCAAUUCCUACGAGGAGUAUUUUAUUGCGGAGAAGGGCCAGGAGGCCUGGGACAAGCGGCAGGCGGACCUCGAGGCGGACAAGCUCCAGAAGCGGAACACGUCGUUCGUCGUGGUGGGGUCGCUGCUCGCGGCGCUGACGGUGUACCAGAACUUCUUCAUGCACCGCUAGUAGGGGAGUAACUUGACCAUGUCGGAAUGCGAGAGAGGCGUGGGGCGUGUCUAUAAAACCCGUACUUUGGGGCCAAGGCUCUGCGGUGGCAGCGUCGGUGCUGCGUAAACAUGCAAUUCUAUAGAAGUCAGAUGCUGUGCAUAGUCGUAUCAGUACCACUGCUAACUGUGGCGGCAGCAUCAGCGCUUAUGCCACGCCGUGCGCUGCGAAAAACACAGAUCACUCCUACACGAGCGCUACGGAUGCAAUUAUUGCCGCAUAAAUCCUCGUCGUUACAAAACGCCUUCGCUGCGGGCGUGUCGCGUCGACAAGCAUUCGCAAUGGGCGCCGCGCUGCCAUUCGCGACAGCACGACCGAGUCGCGCCGUCAUCGCGGGAUAGUGCUUUUGCGGCGUCCUUUAUUAUCUUCGCGUUGUUCGCGUUGGCAUCGCGUGCCACGUCCACGUCGCGUCGAUGGUGCCACGUGUCACGCCAUCGACGCGAUGCCCCACGCAGCGAUACGACUCUCAGCGAAGCACAUCAAACGGGCGCCGUCGCGCUCUGGAUCGAUUUGACGGGUUGCGACGUGUGCCGCCACGACGUGCCUGCUGCGUGUAGUGGUACUUUAAUUGCUGACGACCUGGUGCUCUCCGCGCAACACUGCGUCGACAUCCCCGAAACGCUCAACGGCAAACUAACGAAGGUCGUCUUCGGCACAAAUAUCUUCGACAAAAAGGCGACGUCGGUGCCCGUGGCGCGGUAUCUCCGGCCCUCGGACGUGCCGGGACUGAAACUGUCCGACGCGCCAUUGGCCAACGACCUGCUCCUCGUCAAGCUCGCGCGACCGGCGCCGAAGGCCUGGCGCCGCGUGGCCGUCGGCCUCGCGCGGCAGACGCCGGAGGCCUACUCGGACAUCAUGCGCAUCUACGCGUACGGCGAUCGAAUCGAGUCCGACGAGGACUACACGUCCGGUCUGUUGCGGAGCGUCGACCUGGUGAACACGUCGCCACGAAUAUCAACGGACAGCAACUUCCUCGCGAAGCCGCUGCGCGGCGGCGGAACAGGCGUAUGCAACGGCGACUCCGGCGGCGCCGCGCUGCUCCUCGACGAGGCAAAGCUCCCCGCCGUCGCCGGCAUUCUGUCCUCGACGUCGUUGCCGUGCGCCGGCUCGACGUCCGUCCUGAUCAACCCGGCCUUCGGACCGCUCGCGGAGUUCGUGCGGGCGGGCUCGCGAGCGCUCGGCACGCCGGUCGACGUGCGAGGGGCUGUGUAAUGUACAAUAUGUUAGUCGACGAGCCGCGGCGCCGAGGCCGCCUUCAGCGCGCGCCGCCGCGCCGCGAG